CCUCAGGGUCAGCAACUAUCCGUGCAUUCUUCUGGAUUACAUCUGAAUCACUGCACCGCAAGCUAGCAUAACCUCCAAGACGCAUCACACACGACAUGGAUCACUACCACCAGCAAACACACCAUCCCAAGUUCCGCGACACCACCAAUGACACGAGAGUGUACGCAUACCAACACUUUGAUCCGACAGAUACAGCCUCUCACCCAGGCCAUCCAGAGUCCCAGCUUCAUCUCCCCCCAAGCUACAAAAACGCUGUCUUGAACUCGCACACAAUCUCUCCUCCCCCUUCGCUUGCCGUCUGCUCAACCCCACCCUCAAUCCAGGGCCGGGCCAUUGCUAUCCCGGCCACAGGACAUCAAGUCGGAGCGCCCAUCCUGCGUGCCUGGCCGCCAGCCCUGGAGGGUACAGGGCUGUCCAAAAGCGACUUUCUGAACUUUAUCGACCGGCUCAACCGUGUGACAGUCAACAGCCCACCCAUUCAGGUCCUUGGCCUCGUCGGGAACAUUGUAGGCAUGGUGCCACUCGCCACGACCCAGAUCGUGGGCAGUGCCGUGAAUGCCAGCGCCAUGGUGGCUGGCGUGGCGGUCCGCAAGGGUCACACGGAGAUGCUGCUGCGCGAGGCCAACCGUGACAUCUUCAGGCCGUUGGGCCUCUGUGUCAAACUGGCCAAGAUGGAAGCCGUCGCUGCAAUGGCCGGGAUACCCAUCGUCAAUGCGGACGGCAGGGUUGACAGGAAGAGCCAUAUUCUUCCGCCGCUGACCGGUGAUGGCGGUGUUGAUCAAUCCGUUGGCGUUCACCAAAGACGCUUGAUGGCAUUGGAGCCGUACAUAUCUCCGCUGGUACUGGAGGGGCUGCCCGACAUUGAGAAGCCUUCGAAUUUGCUUGCCAAGAUGCACGAGUCUACCAGCGCGCGACAGGCUGUCAAGGAGGAGCAACAGAUGAUGAAGAAAAGGGGGAGGUUGGGGAAAUCGCGGAAUGACAAGGAAGAGAAAGCGUUGCGGAAGUUGAUAUUUUUGGUGGUUGAGCGAGUGAUGUAGGGUGCAAUAACAAUUGAGCCUUGAGCAGCUUGAUGCUGUUGUAG